GCAAGCAAGCGCAUGAGUGGUAGCUACAGCUCAGCCAUUGGCAUUUCAUCCUGCUUGCAAAGAAACCUGCGAUCAAGGUCGGACAAACACAAUAAACACACACACCAAACAACAAACAACAACAACAACAACAACAACAACAACCAACCAACCAACCAACCAACCAACCAACCAACCAACCAACCAACACACGUCGCCAUGGCCAUGAACUUGGGCGUGCUAAACAUGGCCUUUCGGCUAAGGUCACAAAUCCAACAAGGUCGCCCCGUCAGUUCAUCUCCAUCGUCAUCAUCUUCGGGGGGUGCAACACGGUCUGGCGCAGCGUCGAGCACAAGCCCGUCCCCGGCCCGCCAGUCCCAGCAUCUUGUCCACAACUACAACAUCACACAAGCAAAGCCAACUAAAUCCAAGAAGGGCAAGGGCCGAAAGCGGGCGUUUACGUGGCACUCACAGGCCAACUCCGUGCCACACUUGCCGCCCAUCAUUGAGGAGCCCGUCUUUGAGAUGCUCGAUGAAAACGGCGACGCGGACCCUGGCGUCGUCGAUUUGACGCCUCGCUCGUGCUCACCGUCGCACAGGGCCGACGGCGUUCGGUUCCCGCCACUCACCGCACCGCACACGCCUUCACGCCUCAGGCACGAACAGAGUGCCGCACAAACGAACGCGCCGUGCGCAUGCGAACACUGCGCCCUCGGCAAGUGCGUGGUUCACAGAGACAGCACCAGCGUCAACAGCAGCAGCAACCGUGCUCGACCGUCUUCGGGGCCAGCAAGGUUAAAGACACCACCCAUCGUCGUGCAGGUUUCGGACCAUGACGACGACCACAACAGUGGUGGUGGCGAGCAGACUGGCGUCGUGGAUGCAGAGAACAACACACUUGCGCGAUUCAGCGAACAAGAGCACGCACCAGCAGAUCACGACACACACGGACAAUCGCGUCAACAGCAACGACAACAACACGACCAACAACACAACCCACAUCAUAAGCAGAGGUCGCCGGCACAGCAGCGCAACGCGGCUGCCAAGGCGGGCUCAAGGCGGCAGCGUGGCCGCGGCUGGACCGUCAGCACCAUGGGUACUGGGCAUGCUUUGACACAAGGCGUGUCUGCCCCAUCGCCAUCAUCUCCAAAGUCACCAAAACCAAGUCAACGCUUGCAGCUCAGUGCCACGUCGCUUCACGCCAACUCCGAACGCCCGCGCGUGUCUGCCGUAUGACCUCUGGUCACGUGGGCCUUUCUCAAGCGUGCACACACAUACAUACACAUGCACAUGCACAGACACAUACGUACACAUGCACAUGCACAUGCACAUACACGUACACCAAUGUCAUCAAUGAUGAACCAGCUUUUAUGUACAGCUCCCAGUGCUUUGCUGGCCCUCCACCGCCCGUGUUCUUGCCUUCUGUCCGUCAUGCAACUGUCAAUGGGUGGUACAAUCUCACCAGCUUGCUUUGCCUGUUUAUGUUUUGCUUCUGACAUGUUCUGUAAUGACCCUGGUACCAGCACAAUACCAGUGCAAACAAGAAUCAAGCUUGUCCACAGUAAACACGCGACC